GCGGGGGGGUCUCUGGUUGUUAAAAGGGAGUUUCAGAGACGGAAGAGGAACCCAUCGAUCUGUGAAGCCAAAACCCAACUCCUCCAUUUUGCCGUUCUCGUGUCUUCUCGUCCUAGUCUCUUUAAUUUUUGAAGAACUGACUAAUUUCACGUAUGAGCUGGUUUGAUAAGCUGCGUUGUUCGUCGAAUUCCAGCAACUUUGUUGCCGGCCUUCUGAUCUUUAUCCUUUAUCAUUCCUUCCAGUUAGUUUCUAAUUUCUUGAUUCCUAUACACCCUUGAACGCUUUUCAAUCUUUGCUGUUUUCUGGUUUUUAUAAUGAAGCCCAAGGAAUCGGUCUGCAACGGUUUGGUUGAUGGAACUUUUGUCUCACUUCUUGAGAGGCAACAACUUUCCUCUCCUUCGGUCAUUGUAAUAGGUGGUGGGAUUUCGGGAAUAGCAGCUGCUCGUUCUCUCUUUAAUGCAUCUUUUAAGGUUCUCUUGCUAGAAUCACGGGAUAGACUUGGUGGUCGUAUUCAUACUGACUACUCAUUUGGUUGCCCUGUUGACAUGGGGGCAUCAUGGUUACAUGGUGUUUGCAAUGAGAAUUCCUUGGCACCACUGAUACGUUGUCUAGGACUUCCACUGUACCGCACUAGUGGUGAUAACUCUGUGUUAUAUGACCAUGAUCUAGAAAGUUUUGUGCUUUUUGAUGUGGAUGGCCAUCAAAUUCCUCAACAGCUGGUCAUUGAAGUUGGAGAGAUAUUCAAGAAAAUUCUCAAAGAGACGGAGAAAGUAAGGGAUGAACAUAGUGAAGACAUGUCCAUUCUUCAGGCCAUUUCAAUUGUUUUGGAUAGGCAUCCACAUUUAAGACAAGAAGGACUUGCACAUGAAGUCAUGCAGUGGUACAUAUGCAGAAUGGAAGCUUGGUUUGCUGCGGAUGCUGAUAUGAUCUCACUAAAGACCUGGGAUCAGGAAAAUGUUCCUUCUGGUGGUCAUGGACUAAUGAAACAAGGUUAUUACCCUGUAAUAAAGGCUUUGGCAAAAGAUAUCGAUAUAUGCUUGAAUCACAGGGUUAAGAAGAUUGCUGAUUGCCAUAGUAAAGUGUUGGUCACUGUUGAGGAUGGGAGAAACUUUGUUGCAGAUGCUGCUGUCAUAACUGUACCCCUUGGGGUUCUCAAAGCCAAUCUAAUUGAAUUUGAGCCAAGGUUACCCCAGUGGAAGGUUGAUGCAAUUUCUGAAUUGGGUGUUGGCAUUGAGAAUAAAAUUGCAUUGUGCUUUGACACAGUAUUCUGGCCAAACGUGGAACUGUUGGGUGUUGUUGCAUCAACAUCUUAUGCUUGUGGCUAUUUUCUAAAUCUUCACAAAGCUACCGGUCACCCUGUGCUUGUCUAUAUGGCUGCUGGAAGGUUUGCAUAUGACAUGGAGAAGUUAUCUGAUGAGGCUACAGUUAAUUUUGCGAUGUUACAGCUCAAGAAGAUGCUUCCUGAAGCAACAGAGCCGGUGCAGUAUCUUGUAUCACGUUGGGGAACUGAUCCCAACUCUCUUGGUUCCUACUCUUAUGACGUGGUUGGCCAACCUGAGGAUUUGUAUCAGAGGCUUCAAGCACCUGUAGGUAACCUAUUUUUUGCUGGGGAGGCUGUGAGUAUGGAGCAUGCAGGGUCAGUACAUGGAGCUUAUUCAGCUGGAGUGUAUGCUGCUGGAGACUGCCGCAGGCAUCUACUGAAGAACCUAGGUAAGUUGGAACUCCUCCAGCUGAUUUCUUUGAGGGAUGAAACUAUUGAAACCACAGUUCCACUCCAAAUCUCAAGGAUGUAAGCUAAUUGGAAUCUCUUUCAAUUCACAAAGCCCAUACAUUUCCUCUUCGUUUUGUAUCAAGGAUAAUUGUUUGCUCAUGAAGUGUCAAUAACUGAAGAAUUCAAGAGAAGCUCAUGUCAGAAGGAUUUCCUUUCA